AUGGUUGAGCAGCAGUAUAUUGCCCCAGGUCUACCCCAGCCGGCUGGUCUUUCGGGAGCUCCCACCUUGCACGACUCAAUUUCUACAACUACAGCUCCUAACUACCACGACCUAUCAUCAUACGCAUCUAUUCCUUCCUCUUUCAACACCCUCCCAAACCAGUACGACCCGAAUCUCUUGACUCCUAUAUCAGUCGUGGACUCUCCUCCAUUACACGGAGUGUCCAAGAUUGGAUCACAAUACCCUCCUCCCCCAAGUACACCUAACCAGCAGCCUUCCCCUCCAGGAAGCUCAGACAUGUACAAUCAUCAGUGGGCAGGACAUUUCGACGUUAACAACCAGUCACCACAAGCCAGCUCACCCAUGACUUCCCAAGCGGCUCAAGUCUCUGGAGAAUUCCUCCACACCAAUUAUGUCCAUGACGGAAGACGAACACCAGGACCACCCGAGCCCUAUAUGGGAGCUUUCGGCGUGUCAAAUGGGCCACCAGAACAACAGCCCUUGCCACAACCCUACUAUGUCAUGCCCCAUCAUCCAGUCGAGCAGCACCAGGAGCAUAUGAUGGUUAGAGAUCACCACCAAGUUCCAAUGGGUAUGCAUCAGCGCGAGAUACCUGGUACACCACUUCUGGGUGAACCGCACCGGAUUCAGUACGGUCGACGCCCAAGCCCUGAAGAAUCUAGCCUGCACAACCUUCCUUCUGGCGUCCCACGCUCCAUGACAGCAUCACCUCGUCGAAGAUCUGCUUUCCAAAACACUGGCCGGGUGAAGAAGCGCCACUCUAAGCGAACAGGAGCAUCCCGAAACGCUGCUUCCGAAGACCCUGUUAGCGAGCACAAGAAUUGCUUCGGUCAGGAGGUACCGCCAGCCCUCAAGAGCACAUGCCCCGACGAGGAGCGCUGCAUAUUCGAAUCCCGUUGGCAGCAUCGCAACCAAAAGGGCCAGGACAUGUGGGAGAGCAUCCAGGGCGACUUCAAGGAGCGAUUCCAAAAGUGCCCUGGAAAGGAGAUGUUGCAGAUGAAGUUCAAGAGAGGUCGAGCCAAGUACUACGACUGGAUACCAAAGGAUGAGAAUUUACUUCGCGAAGCUUGGUUGAGAGUCGAGAAGAAUCGAUAUCAGCAAGUUCUCGACACCUUCCUCGAAAUGGGAGGCUCUCGGAACAUGCGCCUAAACGCCAGCGAUAUCGAGAUCAAAGUUACCAAUGAUCUAAAACUUGAAGAAGGGCUCUACAUGGAGUCUUACGGUGACGCCAAUAUCCGUCGACGGCGCAAGCCUGCAUCAGUCAGAAAGCGCGUUGGCCACGGCAUGGAAAACGAAAUGUCAAUCAACGAUGAGAUGAUGAGUGUUGGUUCACACACAACACACGAAGAUGAAGUUAUCAACCAGGUUCAUGGUCUUCCAACUAUGAAGAUGGAAGAGGAUGCCCCAGGAGAUCAUAUGGAGGCGCAGAUGUGGGAUCACCAAAUGAAGAUGGAACCUGGAGCGAUGCCCCAAAGAAACGACCGCAUACCACAUAUGAUGAGAAUGAGUCCAACAUCACAGCCAAUGUAUGAAGGACGCAGGGGAUCAUAA